AUGGAAAGCUAUCAACGAAUCAACAGCAGCGUGACACAGCAGAACUGUGACCUCUAUAUCGCGACUGGCGGAAAGUAUGUUUUUCCUUGCCUUUACGCAGAACAGAAGUCUGGCGCUUCUACUGGCGCGGUAUUUGUUCAGAAAGAACAGUGGAAGGAAUUGAAGAAAUACCCUUCCUUCCUACCUUCAAUAUCCAUCCCGGCCCCACAUAGUUUCUUCCAAACCUAUGAACUCGCAAUCUAA